AUGGCCGCCCAGACGCCAAACAACGGUCCCAUCGACCACAAUGACUUGAACGAGUGGAAAGACCGUUUCAACGAUGUCCUCACCCGUCCCAAGGAGCACGUUAACUCCAAAUCCCCCACGACAUCUCAAUCUUGGCAAAACAGCCUCUUUGCUUGUUUCAGCCCUAUUGAUCUCUGUGCUAUAACAUGCUGUGUUCCUUGCGUGACUUUUGGAAAGACGCAUCAUCGGCUGCGAAAGGGCGGGAAUCUUGAGGGUUAUGAACCUAUCAAUACUUCUUGUCUCUUGUUCUGCGGCUCCACUUGCUUUGGUCUUCACUGGAUUCCCAUCGCUCUUCAACGCGCUGAUCUGAGGGAGAAGUACAAUCUUCAGGGAAGUUGUCUUGUUGAUCUUGCUACGGCUUGUUGUUGUGGGUGCUGUGAUUUGAUUCAGCAGGACAAGGAAGCUGAGUAUCGGGAGGCUCAGGGUGCUGGUUCUACGGAGGGUUAUAAGGCUAAUGAGGGAAUGACUGUGCCUGCCUAA